CUUUUCUCGCUCGUGAAAUUGAUUUUUCCACUUGCGAAACUGGUUCCCUUAAUCUAUAAUGUUAAAAAGAUGAAUAAACAUUCCAAAUAAAACCAGGAAGCUCGCUCGAUUUAAUCGACAGACGACGAAUCACUCAGUUGGAAAACGAAAGAGUUUGACCAUGUAAUACUCAGCAAUGGCAGGAACAGCUCAUGGCUCAUCACGUAUUAGUGAGGCAUUCGCCUUUCUGAAGGAAUAUCAGCAAGGUACAGUAUUUGAUGAAACCAAAACUGAAGACUUUCCUAGUGGCAGGGCUCCUAACGGUGUGGUUAAUGCCUACAAAGGACUUCCUGGAAACCACCAUAGAAACGGUUGUAAUGGAUGUUUGAAGAUGGAUGAACAUUCUUCUGAUCCAAACAGUCAGAGACAUGACUUAAAAACAGUAACUAAAAAUGAUCCCAUAAACUGUUUAAAAAAUCAUUGUAAUUCUCCAGACUCAAAGGCCAAUGGACAGAUGAGAAAUGAUAGAAAGGUUUCCACGAAAGAAGAGAUAAAAGUUGAAGAAUCGAGUCAAAAAUUGAACUCAAGUGGUGCUUCUGACAAUUCUUACUCCUUGUUUGAUAAGGAAAAUUGUUCAGAAGAUGGAAAGGUUUUGAUGAGGAAAAAGUCCUCGAAAGUGGGCAAGGAUGAGACAAAGACGAAUCACAUGGUGUCUGGUUCUUGUCAAACAGAGGCUGAACCGACAAUUGGACGUCCAGUCGAGGUUGUGAGUGAUAUCUUCCAUUUCUUAACAGAGACGGAAGGGGAACUUAAUGGCAACGGUCGUGAGAGUGGAAUUCCUCGACCGGGAAAUGAAGAUAAAAUUUUCAAUAAACUUCUGAUUAUUGAUGAAACUCAAGAGAAACACAAAGAACAGAGUGGGAAUUCCAGUGUCGGGCACUUCAAUGGCUGUAUAACAGACGGCGUGUGUAAUACAGACGGUCCAAACAUUGAGUCGGACAGAAACAGUCCUAAACCACAGGGGAAUGUGACUGAUCACUCUAUGGAGAAUUCAGAGGAUUCCUCAGAUGAUGACACAGGCAUUUAUAAUGAGAGUUAUCGAAAAUCUGUAUGGUUGUGUAUGCCAGAUGAAAAGUCACCCAACUUGCUCCAGUCAUCCAGCAUUGCAGAAGAGGAGCCAGAAUCAGAUGAAGUCUUUAUUCGAGGCAUUGAAACUAAACUACUAGAAAAAUCUCACAAACGCACAGACUCUACAACAACUACUUGCUCGGAGAGUGAAUUCAAACAUGAAUAUCGCCUGCGACGUAAAUGUAUGGUGCAUCGACAUGACAGUCAACAAGAGUAUCAGCGCAUGUCUGCCAAAGUUUAUGAACAUGAACAGUUGGUUGUGAUCUAUAAGGAUGGAAAAGAUAGAGAUUUUGGUCUCCAUAUCUUUGACAGUCAUCCAGCAUUUAUAACAGAGGUUGACCAUGGAAGUCCUGCCCAGAGAGCAGGUCUGAAGGCCGGCCAGGUUCUUCUGAGUGUCAACGGGGUCAACGUGCUGGAACUAAGUCAUCAAGAAAUCAUCAAACUGGUGCAGAGAGAUUCCAACAUCGUAAAGUUGGAGGUGGCGUCCAGCGACGUCCAUUAUGUACGGAACCAGCAGACACCGGUGAUGAGUGGCUACAUGUACAAACAGAGUAACUCCACGUUCGUCAAGAACUGGAGGCGCCGUUACUUCGUCCUCAGAUUCGACAACUGCCUCUACUACUACAAAGGAGAACAGGAUCAAGAUCCUCUUGGUGCCAUUCCUCUUCUAAACUACAUAGUCUCAAAACAGACCGACUCAAGCAGGGAACACUAUUUCAAAGCGGAGAAGUUUGGAGCUCGCACUUACUACUUUAUCGCUGACAGCAGAGUAGAAAUGAUCAAAUGGGUUUCAUCUUUGAAUGAGGCUGCAACCCGAGCUAAAGAAAAGAAGGAUGCAUGGAUGGAUGUGACAGCCUCUAAUGUAGGACUUCCUGCUCUGGAUAUAAAAAAGCCGGACUGCUUCGGAUACCUGUCCAAGUGUGGUCGUACCGUCAGGACUUGGAGAAAGAGAUACUGUGUGCUGAAGGACGCAUGUAUCUACUAUUACAAAAACAUCAACUCUUCCAGCGCACAAGGGAUGGCACAUCUCCAUGGUUACAAGGUUGAAAACAUGACCAGCUCCCUGAGGAAACAUGGCUUUGUCCUCCGGCCCCCCGAGCCUCAGAUGAGGACCUUCAGCUUCUGUGCAGAGAAUGAGACCCACAAAGAAAGGUGGAUGGCAGCUCUAGAAAAGUCAAUCCAGCGAUGGAUAAAAGUGGAUUAAUGAAAGAAUUUAUGCGUCUUCUAGAAAACCUAGACAUUAUUACAAUCAAAGCUUUAGUUUUGUUGCAAAUUCUUCUUGCUACAUGGUGCUGAUGUUUAGUUUAAAUGAAAGGACUUUAUAAAUGCAAUUUUUCCCAAAAGAAACAUGCAAGGGUAUUGUGUGAAAUAUUGUUUAUUUCAUAACAAAUCAGAAAAUUUGAAUGGCCUACCUGUAUUUAAAAAUCAUGUCCUGAGUUCUGUAAGGACAUAGAAUGGAGGGGGUGACAUCAAUUUGUAAGCAGUUUGUGUCUUGACUGGCUGAAUUAAUUUUGUGACAAUCAAUGAAAAAAUGACUGUUGCUUUACAUAUACACAUGUAUCUAUAUCAUUAAGAAGGCAUUAUUAAGAGAGUCAGAUGGUCAGGUCAAUUGUGUACUUGGUAUCAUCAUCUUGGUUUUACCUACAGUGUAAUUUUAGUUCACCUACAGUCUAGGAUGACUUAUUGCAAUUACUCCCUGGAUGUCAUGAAUCAUCCAUCGUGGAAAAAAUACUGUGUACAUGUAUUUUAUUUGGCUGUAUUUUCUACGUAGCUUUUUUGUUUGAAACGGCUUCCACUAAAUGAAGUGCAUCGCUUAAUGCCUUUCAUAUCUGUAUAAGAAAAGGUACUUUCAGAAAUAUGCUAAUUCAAAUCCACGUCAAUUUGCUGGAAAAUAAAUUUCCACAUAUUAUCAUUCACAUUCAAUGUAACAUUAACAUGCAGUGGUCUGAGAGGCUUCAUUUGACGUCCAUUGAUGUUGUACAUGGUUACAUUGAAUUGUAUCAUGACAAAGAUUCUGAUCUUUAUAUACCCAUUGAGGAUAACUGAGGAUAACUGAAAUUUUUGUAAAAAAUUGAAGGUUGCUGAAGACAUUGUGCUGAGAACCUUUUCCUUAAAACCAAUGGAUAAUCACUUUAUCUGGAAAUGACGUUAAUCAAAUAAAUGUUUAGUUUUCUUCUCAAUUGCAUGUCAAUAUUUGUGAUGCAAUCAAAACACUGCUUACUCAAUAAGCACAAACUGAUUGAAAUAAAACCUACAUAUUCUUUUUUUUUUUUUUGCAAUAAAUAUCAUUAGGAUAGUAAAAAUAGCAAUGAUAGAUAGUUUUUGAAAAAAUAAAGAAUAACAAUAUAUGUGUUCUCCAAACUCAUAUCAAUUAUAACAAUUAUAUAAAUUAUCAUAAUAAAUGAAUUAUUGAACAAAUGUGUUGCUCUUCUGAUCUCGCCUAAGGUGACUGUAAAGAUCCUUGAAGUUUAUAUUCAAUGUUGUUUAAGUGAUUUUUUUAAAGUGUUUUGUUACAGUUUGUGGCCAUUUUGUUCUUUAACUGUUUGUUGUUUGUUUGUUAAAAAAAUAUAUACUCAAUUUAAGAAAAAAUCUAUCUUUAAGUUUGAAUAUAUUUUGUUGUAUAAAAGUUUACAUCACUGUGUUGUUGAUAUACUGUAAAUUCCAUAUAUUAUGCGAGUACAUGUACUUAAUUCUGCGAUCCUGCUGGUUUGUAUCAAAUCGUGAGAAUAUAAAAUCGCGAACGCUGAACUUUUCUCCUUAUUUCUAUUAGUUUUCAACUCUCAGAAAAUGAUGGUGAGAUUUUAAAAUCUGCGAAGGAUGCUUCUCACGAUUUUACGCGGAUAUUUAUUCCUCGUGUUUAAUUAGGAAUUUACAGUACUUAAUAUGAGUUAUUUAUUCCUUUUUAUGCCAUGCAUAUGUAACACUAUGGGCUUGGAUAUAACAAAUAUCAUUAUAAAUUAAUUUGUUGUGAUUUUGAA